AUGGGACUAGACAGCGUUGUUGACCUUCCUGAAUUGGUUUCUUCUCCAUCGCCCGAGCCUUCUUUGCCUGUUGUUGAAAAGCUGGAGAGCUUACGGAAAUGUGCUCUGGAGAAGUACACUGUUCAUAGUGUGGCCGACUUGAACCAGAUCCUUGGUUGCGAGGAUAUCCUGGGAGAUAUUGUCAUUACCAACUAUAACGACGCCAUUUUAAAGCUUGAUGAGUUGAAGUAUAUUGAGGGUCUGUUGGAGAUUAGGGAUUCGCCUGACUUGGUUAGAAUUGAGUUACCCAGGUUGGAGCUGAUUUCAGGAGAGUUCAAGUUGCACGAAUUGACGUCCUUGGGCUUCCUUCAGGUACCUAGCUUGUCGGCGGCGUCGAAGAUCCAUUGGAACGUGCUUCCUAUCUUGAGUGCCGUUGAUAUCGUCUUUGAAAGGAUUGACCAGUUGUCUAGUCUUCUCAUUUCAGAUACGUCUCUCAGCUAUAUCAUGGGCAUUACGUCGUCUAAGAUGUCGCUGUUCAAUAUCAACAACAACCGUUAUUUGGAAUCGAUUAGUGCCGAUAUUGAGUCUGUCUCUGACAUGCUUCAUAUUGCCGCUAAUGGCGACCAUAUCAAUGUGGACUUGCCUCGGCUCCAGUCGACCAAGAAUUUGAGCAUUCACAAUGUCGACCAACUCGACCUUAAGGAGCUUAAAGAGUGUAAAGGCUCAAUGAGUCUUGAUAAGAACCACUUGACUUCUGUGGAGCUUCCAAAGUUGACUAAGGUGGCAGGCACGUUGUCGUUGAACAACAAUAAGAAGUUGACAAAUGUUCUGUUUGACAAGCUUGAAGAUGUCGAUGGCGGCUUGGUGCUCGCCAACAACUCGCUCCUUCACACCAUUGAUUUCUUCCCAGAGCUUUCUGUUAUCGGCGGCGCUUUGGAAUUGGUUGGACCGAUCAAGAGUGUCAAGAUGCCUAAUCUUAGACUUGUUAGGGGAAGCGCCAAGAUCAAAUCUACUGAUGAAUCGUUCGACUGUCUUGCUUGGUCCAAGAGCAGCAUCAGCGCUGUCAUUCGUGGAGGCAAGAACGAAUGUACUAACUCACAGAACCAGAAUUACAUUGCCAAUACGCCAACUGACCCUAACUCGACUGGAGCUACUUCUCCUUGA